AUGUCCUCAGACUCAGAGAAACGGGAAGAAAGGGAAGCAAUUUUAGAUGAAGAAGGCGAUGUAUACGAAACCCCAGAAGAAAUUGAACUAGAUGAACGUCAAGCUGUACACGAGGAGGAAAAUUGGGAGUCGACAGGAGACAGUGACACCGAAAACGACAGUGAUCCUUCGGGCACGGACAGAUUAUCAAGCGAAAAUGCUGAUGAGCUUGAUAGUCCAUGUCUCUGCAAGGAAACAAGUGGAAAUGAUGAAGGGAAAGCUUCAGUGUCGAGUAGUAAUAAUAAAAGAAAAUUAAGGUCAAAGAAAGCUUCCUCCCAAGAGAACAGUGAUGAUAAUGAUAGCUGGGACAAUAGUGACUCAGAUGAGGAACCAGAGCUUUUGCAAUCUACUGACAGUGACUCUGAUAAUGGACCUACUACUGACGAACCUAAAACUUUAGAACGUUUAGGAAUCGCGUUGAAUAAAAGUGAACGUAUCUGGAAGAGCCAUAAAAGUUUGCAUUCUCGAGAGUUAGGUUUCAGCACACCGUAUUUGUUUACAAGGAAUGUGACAGGUUCAUUAAACAUGAUUCAGAAAUUCAAAUUGGAGAGAAAGCUUGAAUAUCAUACUGGAUGU